UUAAACUCAGAUGGCGAUGCCUGCUAAAUAUCACCAUGCCAGCAGUGUCGUUGUUAGCAUACUGACAUUGGCAUUUACCUGAAAAUAUCUCUGUGCCUGAGUACCACCUCACAGAGCUGCUUGCAUGGCUGUAGACUCUUAUUUUUGCGAAGAGGAUAAUUCACUUUUUUCAAAUGGUAGCAGUUUACAGUAGUCAUACUAUUGCGUUAAGAAAUGGCUUAUUGAAACAGUGCAGUCCAGAGCACCAUCGUGCGUAGUCCUGGACGUGCGGCCGCCUUCGCCAAAACCGCCUCAGCGCCGCCGUGUGUUGCCCUUUAAGGCUCGGGCAACGUCCGGCUCCCGACGUCUCUCAGUUUAAACGUCACAUGCGGAACUAUCAACAUGGAGGACGGGAGAGAAGCUUCCACGAAUUCACUUCUGAAAGAUGAGUGUUACGCCGACUUCCUGGCAGACGACUUUGAUGUGAAGACGUACACGGCUCAAGCUAUACACCAUGCUGUUAUCGCUGAGCAGCUGGCCAAGUUGGCACAGGGCAUCAGUCAGCUGGACAAGGAGCUACACAGCCAGGUUGUGGCCAGACAUGAGGACUUACUGGCUCAGGCGACUGGGAUAGAGUCUCUUGAAGGGGUCCUUCAGAUGAUGCAGACAAGGAUCAAUGCCCUUCAGGCAGCUGUUGACAGGAUAAGGGGAAAGAUUGUUGACCCGUACAACAAGAUUGUUGCCAGGAUUACUCAGCUUGCCAGACUGCAGGUGGCCUGCGACCUGCUACGGAGGAUAAUUCGUAUCUUGUACCUGAGCAAGAGGCUCCAAGGUCAGCUCCAGGGGGGCAGUAGAGAAAUCACCAAGGCUGCCCAGAGCCUCAAUGAACUAGACUAUUUGUCACAAGGUGUGGAUCUGAGUGGCAUCGAGGUGAUUGAGAACGAAUUGCUGCUGAUCAGCAGAGCCAGACUGGAGGUGGAGAACCAAGCCAAGAGACUUCUGGAGCAGGGCAUGGAGAUUCAGAACCCAACCCAGGUUGGCACGGCCUUGCAGGUCUUCUAUAACCUGGGAAGUUUAAGAGAGACGAUCAGCAGUGUGGUGGGGGGUUACCGCACCACCAUACAGGACAACAUCACAAGUGCUCUAGACAUCAAGGGCCUGACACAGCCAGCCAACUCCAGAGGUGCACCAGGCAGAGCAGUGCUGCCGACACCAGGGAACACGGCAGCCUUCCGUGCUGCUCUUUGGACCAACCUUGAGAAACUGAUGGAUCAGAUAUGUGCUUCGUGCAGACAGGUGCAGCAUCUACAGAAGGUCCUGAUGAAGAAGAGAGACCCUGUCACUCAUGUGUGCUUCAUUGAUGAGAUCAGCAAGGAUGGUCAGCCUGAUAUCCUCUAUACCUUCUGGACCGAUAUAACCAACACACUUAGUGAGGAGUUUCACAGAGCAACUGAAGCCUCAUCCUUCCUGAAGCAGGCGUUUGAAGGAGAGUAUCCCAAACUGCUGCGACUAUACAAUGAGCUGUGGCGCCGCCUGCAGCAGUACAGUGCCAGCCUGCAAGGAGCUCUAACAAGCAGUGGAGGGAUGGAUGCAUCUCUGGACAUCACAGCCACAGAGACAGACAGCCAGGACCUCUUCACGCAUGGCAAACAGGACUACAGCCCAGAGAAGGCUCUGAAGGACUCUCUGCAGCCGUACGAGGCAGCCUACCUCUCCAAGUCCCUCUCUCGACUGUUUGAUCCGAUCAACCUUGUGUUCCCUAUGGGCGGCCGCAAUCCACCCUCCAAUGAUGAGUUGGACAGCAUCAUCAAGACUAUCAGCAGUGAGCUGAAUGUAGCAUCAGUAGAUCCAGAUCUCUCCCUGGCUGUGGCCAAGAAUGCUGCCAAGACCGUCCAACUCUUCUGUGUCAAGUCAGAACAGCUGUUGUGUACUCAGGGUGAUGCCAGUCAGGUGAUUGGUCCAUUAACAGAGGGCCAGAGGAGGAACGUUGCUGUGGUCAACUCCCUCUACCGUCUGCAGCAGGCGGUUGCCAAGUGCAGCGGCCUUUUAACUGGACUACCCAAGAAAUCAGUGACUUCAGCUUGUACAAAAUGCAGCUGCCAGAAGAUUAUUUCAGGUAUGGGGUUUUGUCCACCGGCUUCUGCAGAGGCCCUGUCUUCUUCUUUGGAGGGAGUGCAGGCCCUGAUGAGCAGUGCAGUGCAGCCUCUCCUGCAGUCAGUGAGCGACUCCAUAGAGGCUAUCAUCAUCACACUACACCAGGAAGACUUUUCAGGGCCUCUGUCCAGCCCUGAUAAGCCUGAUGUUCCAUGCUCCCUCUACAUGAAAGAGCUGCAGGGCUUCAUCUCCAGAGUGAUGACUGACUACUUCAGACACAUCCAGUGCGCAGACUUCAUUUACGAGAGCACUGAGUCCAUUGCUCAGAGAGCCAUUGAGCUGUUCAUCCGCCACGCCAGCCUACUGCGCCCAUUGGGAGAGGGUGGCAAGAUGAGACUGGCCGCUGACUUUGCACAGAUGGAAAUGGCAGUAGGUCCUCUGUGCAGGAGAGUGUCUGAUUUGGGGAAACCUUACAGAAUGCUGCGCUCCUUCAGGCCACUACUAUUUCAGACCAGCGAGCUGAUAGCCAGCAGUCCAGCUGUGGGUGACCUGAUCCCCUACAGCACCUUGCUGCACUUCCUCUUCACCAGAGCCCCAUCUGAGCUCAAGUCACCUAACCAGAGAGCAGAGUGGUCCAUAGCCCGUUACUCCCAGUGGCUGGAUGAUCAUCCCUCAGAGAGAGACAGGCUUACCCUCAUCAGGGGCGCUCUGGAGGCCUAUGUGCAGUCAGUGAGGGCUCGGCAGGGGAAGGAGUUUGCCCCCAUCUAUCCCAUUAUGCUCCAGCUGUUACAGAGAGCCACCAGUGGUUCACAGGAGGUUAGAGCCUGAAGACGACAUGGCUGUAGGCGUGCUGGUAUCCAAACAGAGCAGCUUUGGGUCAUAAGCUUCUUUCUGUCUGACUACAUCACAUCACCUUAGAGGGUAUGUGAAGACAGAGAAUGUCUAGCUCUGUGCACACUAAAUGAAGCCUCUGUUGGACACAAUAAUUUGACUGUAGCAGCUGUAUUUCAGCUUAAAUUAUCUCUUAUUUUUACUGUUUUGACUUAAAUCAAGGGACUUUGUUGUGUAGGGAUAUGUGAGAGAUCUGUAUUUGAAGGUGUUUUUCUAUUCUGAUACAAACAGACAACAAAUUUAAGUAUUUGAGUUACCACAGCUGAAUAUAAGAAACAUUAUUCAAUUAUAAAAUUACCAUUUGUAACAAAUUAUAGUGCAUUUAUUAAAAUUAUUCAGCUCUAGACUGGUUGUACAAUGUGUGUAAAACGUCAAAUUCAAACCACUGGAGCAGAGUUGAGAUCGAAAAGUUUACUUUUUAGCUGAAUGGCUCAAAGGGACAGGUAAGGUUUUUUCCCCCAACUUUCUCCACAUACAGCUGUAGAAAAUGGAGUUUAAGUGUGUCUAUACACCCGUUAUAUCAAUCUGUGACACAUUAAUCAAUGACUCUGGAGAAUAAAUGGGGAAAUAUUUGCAGUA